AUGGAUACCUUGGCCAACAACACGCAUCCGAAAUGGUGGAAAGAUCCGGGCAUGAAGAAACUCAACUUCUUGCUCCUUUCAAGCUACAUAGGCGCCAUAACGAAUGGCUACAUCAGCUCCCUCAUCUCCAACCUCAUUGCCAACCCCAGAUACUUCCAAGACAUACAAGGGCUUUCCCAUCCGAAGCUGCUCGGACUAGUCACCGCUGCCCAGUCCAUGGGAUGCAUCGCCGCUUUCUUUCCAGCACCAUGGCUGUCAGACAAGUACGGUCGCCGCGUAGGAAUCAUCUUUGGAAACAUCGGGAUGAUAGCCGGCUUUACAGGGCAGAUCUUCUGUACGAGAUUCGAUCAAUUUCUCGGCAUGCGUAUACUCGUCGGCUUUUCUAGUAUUUCAAACACGAUUUCCUCCUCCGCUCUACUCGUCGAGCUUGCACAUCCACGCCAGAGGGCCGUUGCAGGUGCGCUCUUCAACACAUGCUACUUCAUCGGCUCCAUCACCGCGGCUUGGGCCUCUUACGGAGCUUUGAGAAUACCGGGUUCGUGGUCAUGGAAACUACCGGUAGCCAUCCAGCUGUUUUGGUCCCUGGCGCAGCUGAGCUUGAUCAUGUUCUGUCCCGAGUCGCCUAGGUGGCUUGUACGACACGGACAACAAGAGAAGGCCAAGUCUAUCAUGAUACGAUACCAUGCCAAUGGGCUCGCUGGUGAUGAGCUAGUAUCUUCCGAGUUCGCGCGCAUGUGCGCAUCGACGGCGGCUGAGGCUCAGAACAACACUACUGGCUGGCUGGCCUUGCUUGCGACACCGGGCAACCGCAAACGCCUCGUCCUAUCUGUGGUCAUCGCCGUAGCUACGCAAUGGGUCGGAAACGGAAUCAUCAGCUUCUACUUGGCGCCGGUCCUGCGAACGGUCGGAAUCACAAACUCCCUCCACCAACAAGGCAUCAACGGCGGGCUUCAAGUCUACGUCUGGCUCUUGGCCUGUGCAGCCGCACUGUUAUGCGAAAAGGCGGGUCGACGCCGCCUCUUCUUAACUUCCACGAGCCUAAUGUUGGUCUUCAUGGUCCUGAUAACCAUCUGCUCAGCCCUCUACUCAGCCACCGGCUCCGCAUCUGCAGGCUACGCCGUCAUUGUAUUCCUCUUCCUCUUCUUCGGUGGCUACGUCAUUGGCCUGACACCCAUACCAAUCCUCUACGUCAACGAGAUCUGGCCUAGUCAUCUCCGCACGAAAGGCACAAGCGUAUUUUGGGUAUCGCAAGCCGUGUCUAUCACUUUUAACCAAUUCGUGAACCCCGUGGCGAUUGACAAGAUUGCUUGGAAAUACUACUUGGUCUAUAUUGGUGUCUUGGUCGCGGUUAUCAACUUCAUCUUCUUCUAUGUGCCGGAAACGAAGGGCCUGUCGCUGGAGCAGAUUAGUAGUAUCUUCGAUCCUGUGCAGGAUGUUACUGUUGAGCUGUCGGUAUCGGAUGUUAGGAGGGAAAAUGAGGCGUAG